AUGCUCACUAAACUCGUUCUCGUCAUCUCAGCUGCAGUCACCGCUGCCCUCGCUGGACCUCCUCUCGUCACUACCAUCCGGUACGAUGGCGCCUACUGCAACGCUGGUGCCAGUCUCCACACUACCGCGUGUUCCACCGGUUCCAACGGCUUGAUCACCAAGGGCUACUCGACCUUUGGCAGCCUCCCCACCUUCCCCAGGAUUGCCGGUUCCAUCCUCGUCGAGGGUUGGAACUCGACCAACUGCGGGGGCUGCUACGAGCUCUACUAUGAGCCUACCAAUGGCGCCGGCGGUCGAUCUAUCUAUGUCACCGCUGUCAACUCUGCGCCGGAAGGCUUUGUCCUUUGCACGGACACCUUCCUCGACUUCACCGAGGAGGAGAUGGGCACCGUUCCCGAAUCCAUCACUGUCGAGGCUAGGGCCGUCCCUGCCUAUGACUGUGGCUUUGAGUGA